GGCUUUUACUGUAGGUACUGUAGAUAAGCCAGCCCAGCAGCCAGCCAGCCCGUCCUAGCCCACCCUAGCCCAGCCAAGCACCACCUUUGAAAUAAAAAAGUCAGAUAACGUAAUCGCUUGCUUCAAACAUCUUCAACAGGCUUUCUCACUUAGUGCUUAACUCACUUACCUUUUACCAACAGCUCAAUCUUGCUGUAGUAUCAGUAUAUUUCUUUCUUCUUGAUAAUCAAUUUUGUAUAUUGUCCAUAAAAUCAUGAAGAUCACGCCAUUCCUCCUCCUGCCUUCUUUAUUGGCAGUGGCUAGUUUGGUGGGUGGCCAUGAACAUCACCAUGCCCACGGCGAAGAAGGAGAGGAUAUCCCGCUGCAUGAGAGGGAAUAUGUGAGGGAUUCGGCGGAGGAGUUGCAGAGGAAGUGGGGGUUUGAGUGGGGUUUCAAUGGCGUCAACUCUUUUGCACAUCUAGAACAUGUCAAGUGUCUCACCAAACCACAAACCCAGUUCGAUAUCGGUAUUAUAGGAGUUCCCUUCGACACUGCUGUUAGCUACAGACCAGGCGCUCGAUUCGGCCCUCGAGCUAUCCGAGCAGCUUCAUCUCGUCAAACAUCCUUCCGUGGCUUCAAUGCCCGCGCAGCAAUAAAUCCCUACUCAUCAUGGGCAACCAUUCUCGACUGCGGAGACAUCCCCGUUACUCCUCUCGAUAACGCCAUGGCCCUCACACAAAUGACAUCCGCUUAUCUCGAACUCGGACACCGCACACCCCUCUCCUCAACCCUCAAAUACCCCAAGCUCAUCUCCCUCGGCGGCGACCACUCCCUCGCUCUCGCUGCUCUACGAGGCCUAAACAAAGUCCAUGGUGGACCCGUCGCAGUCCUUCACUUCGACGCCCAUCUCGACACUUGGCACCCAGCCAAAUACCCUUCCCCGUGGCCAAGUGAUCAAGCACAGUUCAACCACGGCAGCAUGUUCUGGAUUGCUUCCAACGAAGGCCUCAUCCUAAACGGCUCUUCCGUCCACGCCGGUCUCCGAACCCGUCUAUCAGGCGACGACUGGGCCGACUUCGAAGACGACACUAACCAAGGCUUCCUACGCAUCUCAUCCGAUGACAUUGACGACCUCGGAACCAAAGGCGUAAUCUCCUCCAUCUUAAACCGCAUUGGCACAACCACUCCCGUUUACCUCUCCGUCGAUAUCGACGUUCUGGAUCCAGGACUCGCACCAGGUACUGGGACACCCGAGGCAGGUGGAUGGACCAGUCGCGAACUGAUUAAGAUUUUGAGGGGGAUCGAAGGGCUGAAUGUUGUUGGUGCGGAUAUUGUAGAGGUUGCGCCUGCUUAUGAUGGGGUUGGUGAACAGACUGCGUUAGCCGGCGCGCAGGUCGCCUAUGAGAUUUUGACGAGUAUUGUUAAGAGAGGAUUGGUGGAUAUGGGGAAGGAGAGUGAGGUGCGGAUUAAGGAUGGGACUGGGGUAUGGGGUACUGGGGAGGUGGUGAAGGAGAAGGUUGAGGGGAAGGGGAAGGGAAAAGAUGAGUUGUGAUGUCCGUAUAGGAAGGGGACUUUGCUGAGUUGUGGUUAUGGAAUAGAGAAUCGUGAUAAGGCUCCCAUCGGAGGAACUUUCCCGUAGAAAAAAUGCCUUCAAAUAGCUUGAGAAUGAAAGAGUUCAACCAAGUUUAUACUGGCGACUUGGCGUCGACAUCAACAGCUUGCCGCUCAUAAGCCG